CCCCUCAGGGCGGUGAUGGCGGCCGCCGCCGGCGGUGCGCCCGUGGAGGCGCCUCCCGCCGCCACCGGUGCCUCCGCCGCCGCCACGAGCGGUGCCGCCGCCGCGGAGAGCGGCGCGGUGCUGCAGCGGGAGCCGCUGUACAACUGGCAGGCCACCAAGGGCUCGCUGCGGGAGCGCUUCGCCUUCCUCUUCUCCAACGAGCUGCUGAGCGACGUGCACUUCGUGGUGGGCAAGGGCGGCCCGCGGGGCGGCGGAGCCGGGGCAGCGCCUCCAGGCCCCGGCCAGCAGCGCAUCCCCGCCCACCGCUUCGUGCUGGCGGCCGGCAGCGCCGUCUUCGACGCGAUGUUUAACGGCGGCAUGGCCACCACCUCGGCCGAGAUCGAACUGCCCGACGUGGAGCCCGCCGCCUUCCUGGCGCUGCUCAGGUUUCUUUAUUCAGAUGAAGUUCAGAUUGGUCCAGAAACAGUCAUGACUACUCUUUACACUGCAAAGAAGUAUGCAGUUCCAGCCCUGGAAGCACACUGUGUAGAUUUUCUAACGAAGCACCUCCGAGCAGAUAAUGCCUUCAUGCUCCUCACUCAGGCUCGUUUGUUUGAUGAGCCUCAGCUUGCUAGUCUUUGUCUUGAUACGAUAGACAAAAGCACUAUGGAUGCAAUAAGUGCAGAAGGAUUUACUGAUAUUGAUAUAGACACAUUGUGUGCAGUUCUAGAAAGAGAUACCCUUAGUAUUCGAGAAAGUAGACUCUUUGGAGCUGUUGUUCGUUGGGCAGAGGCUGAAUGUCAAAGACAACAACUGCCUGUGACAUUUGGAAACAAACAGAAGGUCCUUGGGAGAGCUCUUUCCUUAAUCCGUUUUCCAUUAAUGACUAUUGAAGAGUUUGCAGCAGGCCCUGCUCAGUCAGGAAUCUUGUCAGAUCGGGAAGUAGUAAAUCUUUUUCUACAUUUUACUGUCAAUCCUAAGCCAAAAGUAGACUAUAUAGACCGACCAAGAUGUUGCCUCAGAGGAAAAGAAUGCAGCAUUAACAGGUUCCAACAAGUGGAGAGUCGCUGGGGCUACAGUGGAACAAGUGAUCGCAUCAGGUUCACAGUUAACAGAAGAAUUUCCAUAGUGGGAUUUGGAUUAUAUGGAUCUAUUCAUGGACCCACAGACUACCAAGUUAAUAUACAGAUAAUUGAUUAUGAGAAGAAUCAAACUCUAGGACAAAACGAUACUGGAUUUAGCUGUGAUGGAACUGCCAAUACAUUCAGAGUUAUGUUCAAAGAACCUAUAGAGAUUUUGCCAACAGUUUGCUACACAGCCUGUGCAACAUUAAAAGGUCCUGAUUCCCACUAUGGAACAAAAGGAUUGAAGAAAGUAAUCCACGAAUCUCCUACUGCUAGCAAAACAUGCUUUGUCUUUUAUAGUUCGCCAGGUAACAAUAAUGGUACAUCAAUAGAAGAUGGACAGAUCCCAGAAAUAAUAUUUUAUACAUAAUUUCAUACAAUCAUCUACAUGUCAGCAUAUCAGUGGACUUUCAGGGUCACCCCUAGUGAGCUAGGCAGUGCUGUGAAAUGACCUGGAUGUGUAAAAGCAGAACUGACUUGUUUGAGAGGUACCAGGAAAGCGAUUUUAUCUGCAUCGUGGUUGGUGGAACCUAAUUUAACUUUUCCUUUUAACAAAGUGUGCAGUAAGUACUCUGUAUACUGAAGAUUGUUUUGAAUGGUAUGUUGUGAUUUAAUGGCUUUGUAUUUUGAACCUUUGUUUCUCAUACAGUUGAAUUCAUUUCUUGAACUGGAAAAUACGUACUGGUUAUGAAUUUCAUCUGUACCUUUUCCUCAACUCAUCUAACAAAGACAGUGCCUCUGCUACUGUACUCCCAGCUUGCACUUCUCUGUAAAAUAACCUUGGAAUGACCCUGUGGACAUGAAUUACUGCUUUUUUUUUUUUUUUUUCUAAGUACAUCAGCAAAGCUGGAUUCAUAUUGCUGUCAGUGGUGAGUUGUUGAAUGAGUCCUGGAGCGUUGAUGGACUUAGCACUCCAGGCAGUAUCUGCAGCUGCAGUGAAGAAAUGCUAUAGCAAAUCCUGCAAGGAAUGGGUCUUUCCAGAAUCUCUUUUAAUUAAGAAGGGCUGUUUUGGAACAUAGAGCCGGUUAUGGAAAUAGCCACUGUAUAUACAUAUGUGCCUAUAAGAAAAUGUACAAUGUGAAAAUGGGAAUACAAGCCUUGUUAUGAUAUUAUUUUGACUGGGUAAUAAUCUAAUACUAAAGAAUUGUUAUCA